AUGACCGCUCAAUCUAUCCUCAAGCUCAAUACCGCUUCUAGAUGUUUUGUUAAGAUGCAAGGUUCUACUAUCCCCACCAAAUCGUUCGCCUCAUACACCAAGCCACAAUACUCUUACUUUGACAUGUACAACCAAAAGGACUACCAAAAAAGCCCUGAGGUGAAGCAAACUGUCAGCAACAACGGCGGGGCCGGCCUUGUCGAACACGAUUCCAUGACAAUCAUUAAGAACGCUGAAGACGCUCAUCCUUCUUACCACAACCAUAUCUCUGCCCACCAUGGCUUCACUCCGCUGGUUUCUGGAGGUGGCUCCGUUAGCGGACACGGUUACAUGACUGCUGGCGAAAUCGACGAAUGA